AUUGAUUGCAAAAACUAGACUUCAUAGAGAUUUGUAAAUGUCGUUUUACUUCAAUUUUGCUAGAAAAUGUUCACAAUUGAGUUUCCAUACAGGGCUUGCCGUUUUAUGUCGAACAGUUCAGAAUGGACCCCUCAACUCGGUUAACUAUAUCUUUUAUUUCAGUCCGAAUCAAACGAAUACUUACGGAAUAAAUAACUUGAAAUACAUCUUGGAUGAUCCAAAUUUUGACAUUCAAAAAACUACAACGCUUUAUGUACACGGCUAUGAGGAGAAACAGGAAGACGAAAGUAUAAAAUUAAUAACUACGUCAUAUCUAGAACGAGGCAACCAUAAUAUAGUAACAUUGAAUUGGACAGCAUUCGGCGGUGGAAAUUAUUUCUCUACUGCUCUUCCUAAUGUGUACAAGCUAGGACCUAUAAUAGCAUCAGAUCUGCUGGAGUUAUUUGCUAAAGGUCUGAAUUUUGAACAAUUUCACUUAGUAGGCCACUCAUUGGGUGGUCAACUCGUUGGAGUAAUUGGGCGGAGUGUAACAAAUAUAUCGAAGAAGAAAACUGUUCUACGACGGAUCACAGCAUUGGAUCCAGCUUUCCCAGGUUUCUACCCAGGCAUAUUCUUUCGUAGAAUCAGUGCAAAAGACGCAAGAUUUGUAGACGUUAUUCACACUGAUUCUUGGAUAUACGGAGCUCCUGUACAUACCGGCACUGUAGACUUUUGGCCGAAUGGAGGGAUAACAUUACAACCAGGAUGUCCACAGCGGAACUAUGAAUUACUCUCGGAAACAGAUUUAUGCAGCCAUCGACGAUCAUGGCGUUUUUGGGCUGAAAGCGUGGCCAAUAAAUAUCCAGAGAAGUUCAAUGCAGUGCAAGCUCGAUCUUGGUACCAGUUCCAGCGAGGACGCACUUUAACAAACUACGACCCGGAGGUAGUGAUGGGAAUAGAUUGUCCUGAGAAUCUAAAAGGAGAUUAUUUUCUCACGACAAAUGCUCAGGAGCCGUUUGCUAAAGGAAAGGAGGGAGUCAGGCCAAUAAAAACGUGAUGUACUUUGGCUUUUAAACUUUCCUUCCGGCUAAACACUGAAAGCGAAUCAACGUAGGCAAAUCAAGCACAAUGACCCUUUUAUAACUAUUACAUUUUAUUAAAUUAUACUUAAAAUUAACCUUACAUAAGUAAGAGUACAAGAUUUUAACAAUUUUCUUUGUAGACAAGAAUUUUCUCUAUUUUUGUUGAUGGUUUUCUGAAAUGUUUCUCGAUCUAAAAAAACCGAAUUUGUGUAGAGUUGCGUCUGUUUUUUCAAUUGAUGGGAAGAAAAAUAGUCACUAAUAAAAAAUCAAAGUAAAAAAUG